CAGCAACAGCACCAGCAGCAGCUGAAGAAAUUGCGUUUCAAGCGGGAGAUGCACGCUUUGGCCUUGGAGGGCGGCGAUGUGGCCAGGGGUUAUUGUUCCUGCGAUGAGCAGUGGACAAACGCAUCCUCGCCCACAUCCACGACCACAUCGGCAACCAUGUCGCCAACACUGCCAACCGGAAAUGCCACCAGCAGCGGCAGGGGAAACGGAACUGCAAAUGGAAGCGGUAUUGUUAAGCCGCAUGGAGCAGGCGGUGUAGGCGGUGGAGGCGGUGGAGGACGAGGGACGCGUCUCAAGCAGCAGCAUCAUGUGCGCUUCUCCGAUGAGAAGAACUUUUCCGAUUGAAAAAUCCACGGAA